AUGUCACUUUUGAGGUCAUCUCCAAGGAGCAGCUCCAAUUACAGUCGGCACUUUGAUAUACCGGAGACAGAAACAUCGGAGCAUGUUGGUGGUGCAAUGUUGCCUAUUUUUCUCAACAAUUUACAGAAUACUAACAAUUAUGAGAGAGACUUGGUUGAGGUGACGCUACAGCUCGAUAACAAUUCCUUUGUUUUGUGUAGCGUAAAACCAAGUCCAGAUCACAAAAUCCAAAUUGAAGAAGAAAAUUCUCCCAGGAAAUUCUCGUAUUGGUUAAGAUCACCGGAAAAGGAUGAUCAAAAUCAGACGAGGGAGAUGAAAUUGAAAGUGGUGAGGAAUAAAUCGAGCACUGAGCGAGCUCUUGGAGGAUUGAGAUUCAUAAGUAAAACGAGUGGAGAAUGUGAUAGUAAUAAUGAUAUUUGGGGAAAAGUUGAGAAUCGGUUCAACGCUUUGGCCAAGGAUGGUUUGCUGACAAGAGAAGAUUUUGGUGAAUGCAUUGGAAUGGGGGAUUCAAAAGAGUUUGCGGUGGGAGUUUUUGAUGCAUUAGUGCGAAGAAGGAGACAAAAGAUGGCAAGGAUUAGCAAAGCAGAGCUUCACGAUUUCUGGUUGCAGAUUUCUGACCAAAGUUUUCACGCCAGGCUUGAGAUUUUCUUUGACAUGGCUGAUAGCAAUGGAGAUGGAAGAAUCACGAAAGAAGAAGUUCAAGAGUUGAUAAUGGUGAGUGCUUCAGCAAAUAAGCUAUCAAAAUUGAAGGAAAAUGCAGGAGAGUAUGCGUGUUUGAUAAUGGAGGAAUUAGAUCCAGAAGAUGUUGGUUACAUUGAGUUAUGGCAGUUGGAAACACUUCUUCUACAAAGGGACAAUUACAUGAGCUACAGUAGGCCUUUAAGCACAACCAGUGUCGACUGGAGUCCAAACAUAGGAACCAGCAACGCCAACAACAUAGUAAAGAAAGCAAGUCGUGCCCUCAAAUGCCUUGUCUUAGACAACUGGCAUAGAGGCUCUAUUAUCUUGCUAUGGUUUCUCACUAUGAUUGGACUUUUCACUUGGAAAUUCAUGCAGUAUAGGCAAAUGGAAGCAUUUCAAGUAAUGGGUUACUGUUUGGCUACAGCUAAAGGGGCUGCCGAGACACUCAAGUUUAACAUGGCACUAAUCCUUUUACCAGUUUGUCGAAACAUGUUAACUAGGUUACGUUCAACAAGAGCCAGGAUACUUAUUCCAUUUGAUGACAAUAUCAAUUUUCACAAGAUUAUUGCACAUGCCAUAGCUGUUGGCAUAAUACUUCAUGCAACCAACCAUUUAGCCUGUGAUUUUCCCCAUUUGGUUAACUCAUCGCCAGAAAAAUUUGCACUCGUAGCUUCUGAUUUUGACAAGUUGAAGCCAAGCUACAUAAGUCUUUUGACUGGUGUUGAGGGCAUCACCGGUAUUUCUAUGGUAAUUUUGAUGACUAUAGCCUUCAUACUGGCAACACGACGCUUCAGGAGGAGCGUACUCAAGUUGCCACCCCCUCUGAACCUAUUAACAGGCUUUAAUGCUUUUUGGUAUUCUCAUCACCUUCUGGCAUUGGUCUAUAUAUUGCUACUACUACACGGAACAUUCCUGUUCUUUGUCCACAAAUGGUAUCAGAAGACGACAUGGAUGUAUAUCUCCAUUCCGUUAAUCCUGUACAUUGCAGAGAGGACUUUGAGAACAUGGCGAUCAGAAGACUAUGCUGUUAAGAUCUUGAAGGUUUCUGUACUUCCAGGAGAUGUCUUGAGUUUGAUCAUGUCAAAACCAGCUGGCUUCAAAUACAAGAGCGGGCAGUAUAUAUUCCUGCAGUGCCCAACAAUAUCCUCAUUUGAAUGGCAUCCAUUUUCUAUAACAUCAGCACCAGGAGAUGACUACCUCAGUGUUUAUAUCCGGAUCGUAGGUGACUGGACAAAAGAACUUAAGAUGGUAUUCACAGAGAUUCCAGUAUGUGUAGUUGGUCGAGCAAAGUUCAAAGAACAUGAAAAUGUUGAUCAAAGAGGUUGUUUACCUCGAUUGUUAGUUGAUGGACCAUAUGGAGCACCAGCACAAGAGUAUCAAAAUUAUGAUGUCUUACUUCUUGUAGGGCUUGGUAUUGGAGCUACACCUUUUAUAAGUAUCCUAAAGGAUCUACUGAACAAUACAAGAGCACAUGAAAAUGUGGAUUCGAAUACUGAGACCAGCGCAUCAGAUGAUAGCUGGACAAGUUUUGCUUCUUCAAGCUCAGCAUCAAGUGUAAAAAAGAAAUCACAAAGGACAAGCAGUGCACAUUUUUAUUGGGUUACCAGAGAACCUGGAUCUUUAGAGUGGUUCAAAGGAGUGAUGAAUGAAGUUGCAGAGAUGGAUCACAAAGGUCAGAUAGAGAUGCAUAAUUAUCUUACGAGUGUUUAUGAAGAAGGUGAUGCCAGAUCAACUCUCAUCACCAUGCUCCAGGCACUUAAUCAUGCAAAACAUGGUGUUGACAUCUUGUCUGGCACUAGGGUGAGGACACAUUUUGCAAGGCCCAAAUGGACUGAAGUGUUCAAGAGAAUAGCUUUGAAACAUCCCUACUCUACAGUUGGAGUCUUCUACUGUGGGAUGCCUGUCUUGGCAAAGGAGUUGAAGAAGCUAUCACAAGACUUAACUUACAAGACAUCCACACGUUUCGAGUUCCACAAGGAGUACUUCUGA